AUGUCCUACGGAUCAAUAAACGAGAGAGGAGUUCCUGGGAGAGAGCACGAUGCCGGCGUUCGAUCAUCGCAAGUAGGAGACGAUGGGGUUGAAAACGAAACCGUCAGCCCUAUCGGCGGUGAGCAAUGGGUGGAUGAUUCUGUGAGCACAAAACAUGAGGGACGUCGGACGGUUUGCCAGGAAUUAAGAGCCUUCUAUGAAAGAAACAUCGGCCUCUUCUUCGUAUUUCUGGCCCAGGUGUUCGCAUCGCUCAUGGCGAUGGCCACUCGUCUGCUCGAGACGGGUUUCGAGAAGAAGUUCCACGCCUUGCAGAUCAUCUUCGUGCGCAUGUUUGCGACCGCCGCGUUAGGCUCGCUGUACAUGUGGUACAAGAACGUCCCCGACUUCCCGCUUGGGCGUCGAGAGAUCAGGGGGCUUUUGGUUCUGCGAGGCCUUGCUGGCUUCACCGGACUCUUCUGUUUGUACUAUUCACUCUCCUAUUUGGACAUAGCCGAUUCCACUGUCAUUACUUUCCUCGUUCCAACCACGACGGCUAUCGUGUGUUUCAUAGUUCUAAGGGAACCAUAUACAGUGAAAGAGGCUAUAGCAGGUUUCAUUGCUUUCGCUGGCGUACUCUUCAUCGCUAGGCCAGCAUUCCUCUUUCCUCAACAUGAUGAAGAUAAGCCUCAGGAUGACAGCUCAAAACUAUUCAUUGUAGGCCAACCUAAAGGAAUGGUGCCCGAGAUGCCGGCAACGCCCGCUCAGCGUUCGUUCGCUGUUAUCCUAGCAGUCAUCGGCACGUUCGGCGCCGCCUCUGCAUAUUCCAUCAUUCGACUUAUUGGAAAGCGCGCGCACUCACUCAUAAGCGUGAAUUACUUUGCUAUUCUUGCAACAGUCGUCUCGUUCCUUGUCAUCAUGGUCGUUCCAGAUCUACAUUUCGAAAUUCCCGAGAAUGCUGUCCAAUGGUCUCUGCUGAUAUCCAUCGGUAUCGCCGGGUUCCUGCUACAAUUCCUCCUUACCGAGGGGCUGCAGAGAGAGAAGGCGGGGAGAGCUACUAAUCUCAUCUACACGCAGAUGGUCUUUGCGCUGAUUAUCGAGAGAGUCGUCUGGGGAACGACGCCUCCUAUUGAAAGUCUCUUCGGGAGCGCCUUAAUUAUCGGCUCUGCAAUAUGGGUUAGCUUACAAAAGAAUAAGCCACCGACUGAGAAAAAAGACCUCGUCGUUGAUGAAGAGCGAAGCCUUUUGGGGGCCAAUGCUCCUACGGAGGUGCGUGAAGACUAA